GACAGAGCUGAGAGAGCAGCACAUCGCCACAGCUACUGGAGACACUCUCAGAGAGAGGGAGACUGAGACAGACAGACAGACUGACUGAGAGAUACACAAAGAGGCCUGCAAGAAGUAAGCUGCCAGAUACACAGACAGACAGACAGACAGACAGCACUGAGAGAUCCUGAGGGACCAGAGAUACGCACGCAGUCAGACAGACAGACAUAGCAACAGACAGACAGGAUGCACGGACGCUCAGUCGUGGUGAAGAAAGCUGGCAGUGUGACUGCAGCGGAGCUGGGCUGCACAGUGAAGGAGGCGAACCCAGGCAAGAAGGAGAGCUACACAGCAGAGUGGCAGGAUCUGGUCCUGAGCACCCAGCCCGAGGACAGGUGUUCGGUGCGAGAGGUGAACGAUGCUCGGAAGGAGAGUUUCCACCGCCAGCACCAGGUGAGCAGUAUGCUCCAGAGGUCACCCAGUGGGCUGCUCAGACUGGGCACGCUGGGCGGGCCGAUGACGGAGUACCAGCUGCCGUACCGCAACGUGCUGCCGCUGCCCCUCUUCACCCCAGCCGAGCUGAGCGGAAAGCGGAGGGCAGAGCAGCUGGCCCGGGAUAGUCCCACUCUCGAUGGAGCCUGUCCGACCAAGAGAGAGAUCAGUGACAUCACCAGGGACCUGCCGCCGCUCUCACAGCCGUUCAGGAUGGACUUCACCAAGCUGCCCUGUUCGCUGGGCAGGUCGAUGUCCCAGGAGGCACAGAGGGGGUGAGGGGAGGCAGCCAGCCCUGGGGGCUGAGGGAGGGGCAGCCAGGCUUCUCCUGGGGGGGUGAGGGAGGGCAGCCAGGGAGGGCUGCAGAGACACUUGGAAGGCACUGCCAGGGUGGGAGUUUAAAAGACAGAAAGGUGUUCAUGUCGUUGUUGCCAUGCUGCUAACACUCACACUGUAUACUGCACAGUUUGCUAACCCUGAGCUAGAAGGCAACCUGAACGGUUUGGGUCUCAUUGUAUUCACAGCUUCGCUGCUGAAUUAAUGCGACUCAAUUACCUGUAUAAGGACCCUUUCUAGGGGCGCUGUGGGGGAAAAAAACAUUGGUCUGAUCCUGCAGUUUUUCAAAGGUCGCAAUUAACUCUCCUUGGAGUUGUGCUUGCGCCUCGUGGAAGACGAUAAUCAUUUCCAGUGGGUUUAGGAAGGUGCUGCCAGAACAAUGCAAGCUGGCCUGUGAUCCACAGCCAUCAGCUUCUUAAACGCUUCCUAAUUAAUGCCAACUGGGUGGCAUCCAGCCCUUGCAGAGCCCUCUAGAUAUAAAUACAGCGCUGGAACCCUCUGGGUUUAUCUGCAGCCCGGCGCAUCAAUUACAGGACAUGCCCCAGAUUGCUGUUGAAAUAUGGAGCUUUGUUAUACUGCACAUGGCUUUGUGUUGUAAGCUGCUCACUGUGAUCAAAUAGGGAAGAGAGAGAGAGAGAGAGAGAGAGAGAGAGAGAGAGAGAGAGAGAGAGAGAGAGAGAGAGAGAGAGAGAGAGAGAGAGAGAGAGAGAGAGAGACAGAGGGCAAUGAGGCAGGUCUCACAGGCGACAAGGCAGGAGCUGGAGUCAGAUAGGUGACGCUGAGGGUGCUUUAGAAAGCUGUUUUCUAACGGGUAGCAGUGUGGGGUUUACAGGAAAUGUUUGCAAUGUAACUAGAUAACGAGCAUGUCGAAGGAUAUUGAAUGUAUAGCGUUUGAACAAAUGUAAUCACUGAAACCAAACGUGUGGCAUUGUAACAUUGAUUUUAAGUGCAUUUUUUGCUUCUGUAAAUAUUGUAUUAAAAUUUUCAACUGACA